AUGAAUUUCGUUAUACCGGACUCGUACUGUAUUCGAUACUUCUUCCAAAGACUCGACCACAUUUCAAUAUACAUCAUGAUCGCAGGGUGUUACACUUGCUUUAUCCUUACAAGAACGUUUGCAAAAGGGUGGAACAAAAUGGGAUUUUUGGCUAUUUUUAUCAUCUUUGCGAUGGCUUUGGGUGGCUUUGCAUUGACUCUUGUAGCUCCCCCUACCACGAGAACAGAUGUUAUCAUGUACCUUGCUAUGGGGUGGUCGUGCAUCAUAUAUGGGCCUGCUGUUGUUUACUUCUGCCCAUACCCUCUCAUUUUCUACUUGUUUAGUGGAGGAGUGUCAUACGCAAUUGGCACCAUAUUUGUUUCGUGGGAUAAACUAUUUUUUAAUCACGGAAUUUGGCACAUGGUUGUUUGGUUCGCGAACUUCCAACACUCACUUGCUGUGUUGAUUGCUACCGACGACGAGAACGUUGUUGGGUUUGCGAGACCAUGGACUUUGAUGAAAGAACUAUUUCUUGAGUUCAUCGGAAAAGCCCCAAACACUCCAGUCAUGAAAAAGACUUCUGUAAAGAUAGAAGAAUGA